ACCUAUCGUCCGAGAAGUUUUAGCCAGUGCAAGUUUUACUAAAAAAAAGUGUUUUAAAUCGGUCUAGAAUCAUGAAGAAUGGAUGAUUUCGUGAAGAACGUCCCUUCUUACCAAUUGGACCAAGAAAUAUUGGACGCGCGUGGCAUAGGCAUGACAGUUGAGGAGGUAGCAGGGCUACCAACAUGCAAAUACACACAGCGAGUCCACGAACUGAAUCUUGGUGAAGACGACCUCGCCUUCUUGAAGAUGCUGCGGAGACGGAUUAAAAAUAGACUAGCAUCACAGAACAGUCGUCGUCGCAGCGUGGAACAUUUGCGUCAACUAGCGCGCGAGUUGCGUGCAGUGCGCGCGUGUCGUGCCGACGCGCUGAGCGAGCGCCGCUCCUUAGUCCACACCAGGACACAGCUGCGGAACAGCUUCGCUGCUUUGCGGAGCCAUGUCGCUAAGGUUCUCCAAGACCGUUCAGACCCAACAACCAUACCGGAUAUCGAACCGGAAAGACUACACGAAUCUCACAACCACAACAAAAACCAUAAUCAAAACCACAUCAAAACCGCCCCACCCAAAUCACCGAUAGACAGAGAGAUAGAUAGAAACAUAUUUGACAGCCAAAUAGAUAAGAAAAUGUUUGAUAGUCAAAUAGAUAAGAAUGUAUUUGAAUGUCGGAUAGAGAAGUUGGUUCAACAGAGUGUUAAUCAUAUGUUUAAGGAGAAAGAGAAGCGUAUCUGCGCCAAGACUGUAUUUAUCGACAAAGUGGGGGAUGUCAAAAUGCAAGAGGACCCCGACGGAGUUUUGAACCUGUGCGUCAAGGAGCGGAGGGCCCAUGGAAGGAAACAGUUGGCGCCCAGACGGAUCGCUUACUAUGACGAUAGCAAUGAUUGCGUCCUUGACCUUAAAAUUAAAAAGGAGGGGCAGUGACACCGGUGGAAAAGACAGACAGACAAAAUAUGCACUAUUUUGAUAGCCAUUACGUAAUACUUGCGUAUAGACCAAAAAAGAUUUAUAUGUAUAUAAAAUUAAUAAAGAGUCUCUCGCGUAGGUAAAAAAAAUAUUAAAACAUAUUUUACAAUACAUUAAAUGAUAGUAAAGUGGCUCUAAACCGCUAUUAAAACUAUAAAGUAGACUUUUACCACCCUUGGGCUGUAAAAAUAUUACCGCACGGUUAAUAAACUGGUAAAAUAUUUGGGUUUUCAGCCAAAAAGAAAGAAGUACAUGUUUCAGAAUUUUUGAAAAUUCCACCCCCUCACCGAUUUUCAAAAAAAAUUGCAUAAAUAAAGCCGGGAUGAUUCAGCUAGUAUGUCAAUAUGUUACAUUCAUUUGAAUCCUGUUACCUUUAUUCCUAGCUGAAAAGAGGUUUUUUUUUAUCUACGCCAGAUAUUUAUACUAUUACCAGAUGAUAUUCAAAGUCUUUGAUUAUAAUCAAAGUUCAAAGUAUUUAAAAAAAUGAUGAAUUAUGUAUGUAUGUGUAAGUAUAUUAAAGAAAAAAAAUAUAGUAUACAAUUUAUAUCUUAAAAAAACAACAGAAAAAAUAUUUUAAGGACCGAUUUUUCGAUCGCCAAAUAAACUUACGAUUUUUUUUUUGACUAAUGAGUUGAAUUUUUUCAAAUUAUACCUACUUAUAAAACGUGAAGAUGCCAUUGUGCUUUUUAUUAAAACUAAGUUUUUUUUUAAUGUAUAAAUGGUUAAAAAUCAUACUCCUUGAUAGUAAUUUAGGAUUUAUUAUUAAACAAUUUAACAAGAACUGUUAGGUUAGUCGCACUAUUCAAUACUUACUUUUAUUAUUGUUAACAUCUAUGAAAAAACUAUUCAAAAUAAGCGACCAAUUUUUGUAUAACGCAUUCAAACUGAGAAAAGAAAAUCAUGUCGGCCAUAUUGGGACUUCCUAGCUAUGCCCUAUCCACGGAGAGAAGUUAGUGUAGGGCUCUCUCUUUUACGUAAAUACAAAUGACAAAGACAAAAAAAACAGUGGGCGUUAAUCAUUUUGAGUGACCAACCAAUCACAAACCAACCUAUGUUUCUGUAACUCUAUUAGAAAACCUAUGUUUUCAAAAACUUUCGAUAUUCAAUUCGAAGAUAGUUUUGUUUGUGAUUGGUUUUAUUUAUUUAUUUCACACACAAACAUAUACAUAAACAGUACAGAAAACACAGAAGAAACUAUACAUGAGGAUGCAAAGGCGGCUUUAUUGCUAAAGCAAUCUCUUACAAGCAACCUUUGGUUAAGAAUUAAAUGUCCAGAGCAAGGAAUGGUGCACAAAAAAAAAAUUAUAAACUUAUAAAAAGUAUCUUUAUCACUUGUUCACUCAAAAUGGUCAACACCUCACUGUGUUUUCUGUCUUUGUCUUUUGUAUGGAAUUGCGUGACAGAGAGAGCUUUAUACUAAUAAAAUUCUCUCCAUGGAUAGGGUAUAUAAAUAAAUAUAUUUUGGUUCACUAUUUACUUUUGACAUAUUUUUGUUUGAAACCGUCCUACAAAAUCCAUUGUAAAUAAAUUCGAUAAAAAUUUCUAACUUAUGACGUCACAAUAUGGCGGCCAUAAUUUCCCUUUCUUAGUUUGGACGUGUUUGAUUUUAUCUAGGGUAAAAAAAUACAGUUUUCCAAUAUCGAAUAUUUAUAUACAUAACUUGUAAAAACUAAGUACCUAUAACAGAAAAGAAAAUUAAAAAAGCACCAAAAUAACUAUAAGUCUAAUUAAUUGUGUAUUUUGUUAUGUCCAUAUUAUGAUUAUAAUUAUAUUGUAAGUACCUAGUUAUUUGUUAACAAUCCGAUUUAUAAUGCGUACAUUUUGGGAAAGGACCUGCCAUAUUUGUUUUGUGUCAAAGGUAAGUCCAUAAUCUAAGAGAUAUAUCCCAUAUUUUGGUGAAGAUCUGAUGAAUAUCUUCGGAGAUGGAGAACAGAACUCCUCAAUGGAUAAGAGUAAAUUGCUCGCGAUCAGUGUAAUAGCUUAGUAAACAGUAGGGUUUUAACUGGGCAUAGCAUAUUAUAGUACAGUGGGGCCACUAAAAAAUGUGAAAUAAAAAAAAAUUGACAAUUUUUUAUGACACUAAGCAAAUAUGCUGGGUCUUUUGUCAAAAUUUACGCACUAUACAGAGUGUUUUUUUUAAACUGGGAUUGUAUGGGAAAUCCAAAACCAUAGGAAAUACAAGGAAACUAUCU